CCGCAUCUUAGACACGUGAAUGUUUCUGCCUCAGGUGUCCAACUCUAACCCCGCUAUGGCAGUUCCUCCGGUGGAGGUAACCUCGUGACUAAUACUAAUCUCGGUCAAAGGAUGUAGACCGAGGCUCAUCGCGAGUCUGUGAACCACCGAGGUUGCUUUGCUUUAUAGGUUGGUUGUACCCCAACUUGAACUUUCUCUUCCCCAGGUUUUCUUUUUCCAUUACCUUCACUCCACAUAUCUUCAAAAUGGCUUCUCCUCAACAAAUCCGCACCCCGAUCACUGAUCUGCUCAAGAUCAACCACCCCGUCCUGCUGGCAGGCAUGAACGUGGCUGCGGGGCCCAAGCUGGCUGCCGCUGUCACCAACGCCGGUGGUCUGGGUGUCAUUGGUGGCGUUGGCUACACACCCGAGAUGCUUCGCGAACAAGUCGCCGAACUCAAGAGCUACCUGAACGACAAGAAUGCUCCCUUCGGUGUCGACCUUCUCCUCCCCCAGGUUGGCGGCAGUGCCCGCAAGACCAACUACGACUACACCAAGGGCAAGCUCGGUGAGCUCGUUGAUAUUAUCAUCCAGGAAAAGGCCAGCCUUUUCGUCUCCGCCGUCGGUGUCCCCCCCAAGGCCGUCGUCGAGAAGCUCCACGGUGCCGGCAUCCUCUGCAUGAACAUGAUCGGUCACCCCAAGCACGUCCAGAAGGCCCUUGAUGUUGGCGUUGAUAUUAUCUGCGCCCAGGGUGGUGAGGGAGGUGGUCACACCGGUGAUGUCCCUACUACCGUCCUCAUCCCCACCGUUGCCAAGUUGGUCGAGGGCAAGAAGAGCCCUCUGACCGGCCAGCCCGUGCAGGUCAUCGCCGCCGGUGGUCUGUUCAACGGUAACUCGGUUGCUGCUGCUCUCAUGCUCGGCGCCUCCGCUGUCUGGAUCGGUACCCGUUUCAUCCUGUCUGAUGAGGCCGGUGCCCCCGCCGCUCACCAAGAGGCUGUCCGCACUUCCAACUUCGAGGACAACAUCCGUACCAUUAUCUUCACUGGUCGUCCCCUCCGUGUUCGCAAGAACCCUUACAUCGUCAACUGGGAGGAGAACCGUCACGAGGAGAUCAAGCAGCUCACCUCCAAGGGUAUCAUCCCUGUCGAGCAUGAUAUGGAGAACCUGCCCGAUGACGUCGAUGACGACACUUUGGACAAUGCCCGUCCCUGGCUGAUGGGCAAGGUUGCCGCCGUUGUCAACGAGAAGAAGUCUGCCAAGGCUAUCGUUGAUGAGCUCGUCGGAGAUGCCGCUGUUCUGCUCCAGAAGGGCAACAAGAUGGUUGCUAAGCUGUAAAUAAAGUAUUCCCUACAUAUCUCGAUUUCUAUAAUUUUGCUCAAUGUACUUGAAUUUUACUCGAUGUCUAAUGUAGUUAGCGCGAUGUAAACCCCUCUCAAGGCCACUAGAUAUUAUC